GGAGUGGCUCUCAAGGCUUGCACUCCAAACAAGUGUUUAAAGAGAGGAGGGCUCUGUCAGACUCUACUAAGUCCAAGAUGGGUAGGAAACCUUGCUGCUCUAAAGAAGAUAUCAACAGAGGAGCUUGGACAGCAGAGGAGGACAGGAUCCUUAAAGCCUACAUCAAAGCCAAUGGAGAAGGAAGAUGGAGAAGCCUCCCUAAGAAAGCAGGCCUCAAGAGAUGUGGAAAGAGCUGCCGGCUCCGAUGGCUGAACUACCUUAGGCCUGACAUCAAAAGAGGGAACAUAACAUGUGAAGAGGAGGAUCUUAUCAUUAGGCUCCACAAGCUCUUAGGAAACAAGUGGUCGCUGAUUGCAGGGCGAUUACCAGGGCGAACAGACAAUGAAAUCAAGAACUAUUGGAAUACUUGUUUGAAGAAGAAGGUCCAAGGCCAGCACCAAGCCAAAAGAUCCCAGCCACCAGUCAAGGAGGCAACCGAAUUGGUUCGAACGAAGGCUAUUCGAUGUGCUAAUAUGUUCAUCCCACCCCAGCAACACGUUGCUCAAAACCAAGAGAAAAACGUUACUAUCGAACCAGCCAUGAUUGGAGAAUUGGCUACUGAGAAGGUAGCAAACUCGAGAUCUGAUGAUCACUCUCCUAUCGAUCCUCGAGAAGACACUUGGUGGGAUGUGCUGGUGGGGCUGGAUAAGAGCAAUGGAUCCACAUCAGAAGCUCGAGACCUUGAUUUUAUCCAACUAUGGGGCAGUGAAUCACCAUGCAGCCAGUAUACCAGAAGAGAUAUCUUUGAAGAUUGGAUGAGUGAUGCAGCACUGCCCUUUGAAGUGGAGCUGAAAUCACUGGCUGAUUUCCUGAACUGUGAGGAUGAAUGGCUUGGAGGAGAGCUUUAGGAUGAGAACCAACUAAGUUUUGGAUAGAUGAACAGAGGUGUACUCCCAGCUGAAAACACUAAAUGCAUGCACAGCUCUCACAAUGCUGUGCUUCUUGUUGCACCAAAAUAAGAUUCCCACAGUUAAAUCUACUUAGAAAGUGGUGUCUCCUUUCAUGGUGUAUCCAUCACCUUUGCAUUAAUAAAUGAG